GGAAAGUGAUGUGAUGAUUAAUUUUAAAAUGGCUGCUUUCUUUUAAAAUAAAUAUGAUUUUUUUUCGGCGAUUUAUUUAGUUUUAUGUUUAGUAUAUAAUAAUUAAUUAGUGAUAUUUAGAUCGUUUUUAAUAUUAAACGUAUCUUCCAAGAACGUGUAAUGUUCAGAUAUUUUACUAGUGUUUAAAAGUAGUUUUACUUAAUAUAUUUAUUAAAAAAAUGGAUAUUAUAAACGAUGAGGAUCGUAGGAGAAGAUUAAGACUUCUCGAGGAACGUAUAAAAGAGCCUCGAGGGAAAGGAAAUAUUGAUUCAUUACUAGAUACAGUACAGGCACUGUAUACAGAUUGUGAUCAUCCAGCUAUUAAAAAAUUGAAGAAUGUCGAAGUUUACUUAAAUAGGUAUGAUGAUUUUGCUAGCGAUAUCAUCAAUCUCCGAAUGAAAACCGAUGAUUUCGAACACAUAAAAGUGAUAGGUAGGGGAGCGUUCGGCAAAGUUCAAUUAGUUAGGCAAAAGUACACUAGAAAAGUAUACGCGAUGAAAAGAUUGAGCAAAGCAGAUCUGAUCAAACGAUCGGAUUCGGCUUUCUUUUGGGAGGAAAGACACAUCAUGGCGCACGCCAGAUCCGAGUGGAUAGUUCAAUUACAUUUCGCCUUCCAGGAUACCAAACAUCUCUACAUGGUAAUGGACUACAUGCCGGGCGGGGAUAUAGUUAAUCUGAUGUCGAAUUACGAUAUACCGGAAACUUGGGCGAAAUUUUACACGAUGGAAGUUGUGCUAGCUUUGGACGUGAUCCAUUCGAUGGGAUUCGUCCAUAGGGACGUCAAGCCGGACAAUAUGCUUUUGGAUAAAUAUGGGCACUUGAAAUUGGCGGAUUUCGGUACUUGUAUGCGAAUGGACGACGGGGGUUUGGUUAGAUCGAACAACGUAGUCGGUACUCCAGAUUAUAUUUCGCCGGAAGUGCUGCAGAGCCACGGGAAAGGGAUUUACGGAAGGGAAUGCGAUUGGUGGUCGGUGGGAAUUUUCGUGUACGAGAUGUUGGUAGGGGAAACGCCCUUUUACGCCGACAGCCUUCUGGGUACUUACAACAAGAUCAUGUACCACGAAAAUAAUUUGUCGUUUCCGGACGAAGUCGAAAUUUCCAACGAAGCCAAGUGUUUUAUACAGGGUCUUCUCUGCGAUAGAAACAAGCGGUUAGGGCGAAAUAGUGUGGAUGAGAUAAAGACGCAUCCGUUUUUUGUGAACAACGAAAAUUGGACUUUUGAAAAUUUGAGGGAUACGGCGCCGCCGGUGGUUCCCGAAUUGACGGGGGAUGACGAUACCAGUAAUUUCGAGGAUUACGAAAAGGACGAGACGCCCGAAGAAAAUUUUCCUGUGCCUAAUAGUUUCGUGGGCAAUCAUCUACCAUUUAUAGGUUUUACUUACAAUUCAGAUUAUCAGUUACUAUCCUCUUUGGAUUCCGUGGAUAGUAAACUGAAUAACAUUCCAUCGGAUUCUAGUAAUCACGUCCACAAAUUAGAAUUGUUACUAGAACAAGAAAAACUAAACGUAGAAACAUUAGAAGCCAAACACCGACAACUAUUGAUACAAUUAGAGACUAUAGCUCAAAGGGAAAGCGACAUCAGAGAAGAAAUGACUAAAAACGAAAAGGAUCUGACAAUAUUGAGGCACAAUUACAAGGAAUUGCAAAGGAAAGCCGAACACGAAAGCGAUUUGAGAAAAAACACCGAAAAAUAUUUAUCGGAAUUGAAGAAACGUUACGAAGAAGAACAGAAUAAGAGGACGAGGGAAAUGAACAAUAAUCAGCAGCACAACGAUAAGAUACAGUUGUUGGAGAAGCAGGUGAACGAGAUGCAGGAAAAAUUGAAGGCGGAAACGGAAAAUUGUCAGAAAUUGAGGAAACAGGCUAACGAAUUGACUAUAGUUAAAUCGAAUUCGGAACAUAAGGUGGCUGAGUAUCAGACGUUGUUGCAAUCGAUACAGAGCCAAAGGGAUACUCUUCAAACGGAAGUGGCGACGUUGCAAGAUCAGUUAACUGAAGAAAGGAAUUAUAGGAGUCAGAUGUCCGAUCAACAGAUAGUUCUAGAAAACAAAUUACAAUCGGUGAACGCCGAAAUGGAAAGGGUACGACAAAAAGAAAUGAAAAUAUCAACCGAUAACAUCCAAUUAACCGAAAAAGUAUCCAAUUUGGAAAAAGAAUGCGCCGGACUAGAUUUGGAAUUGAAGGCGCUCAAAAAUAGAUAUCAGCAAGAAGUUAAAGCACACGAAGAAACCGAAAGAAGUCGAGUUUUGAAUAAGGAAGAAGCCAAUUUGGAAGUUGUCAAAGAACUCAUGGAUCGUAUUAUAAACGCUCUACAAACGAAACUAAACGAAGAAAAAUGCGCCCGCCAAAAAGCCGAUUUGAAUUCGCAGGAAAAGGAAAGACAAAUCUCGAUGUUAUCGGUGGAUUACAGACAGAUCCAACAGAGAUUACAGAAACUGGAAGGUGAAUACAGACAGGAAGUGGAAAAAGUUAAAGCCGUCAACGGUCAGUUCGAGCAAGAGCAACAGAAGAAGAACAUCCUCCAAUCGGAAAUGAGUCAGCAGAUGGCGGAAUUCAAUAAACUCAAAGCGAAAGAAUCUCAAUUGUUGGUGGAAAUCGGCCAAUUGCAGGAGAUAAAGAGAACGCUGGAAGAGGAAUUGAUGAGGGUGAAGAACAAUUGGCAGCGGGAUCAGUUGCAGAUGAAAGAGCUGCAGGAAAAUUUGGAAACCGAACAGUAUUUUACGACGCUGUACAAAACGCAGACGGUGGAAUUGAAAGAGGAAGUGGACGAGAAAAAUAGGAUCAAUAAGGAGUUCGAAGAGGAAAGGGCCUCGUUGAAACAUCAGUGUCAAUUGGCUUUGGCGAGAGCUGAUUCCGAAGCCCUGGCACGAUCGAUAGCAGAAGAAACCGUAGCCGAUUUGGAAAAAGAAAAAACAAUGAAAGAAUUGGAAUUGAAAGAUCUAUUAGCUAAACACAGAACGGAUAUAAACAGCAAAGAAGUGGCGAUAAACACGUUUAAAGAUAGAGAAUUGGAAUUGAAAAAGUUAACGGAACAAUUACAAAAAGAAAAAGAUGAACUAAACAGGCAGUACAAACAGUUGCAAGAAGAAUUCAACAGGAAAACCAACAACAACGAGGAAUACGAAAAAUUGGUGAACAGAUUGAACACGGAAAGCCUUUUGAAACAGCAAGCGGUUAAUAAGUUACACGAAAUAUUGAACAGGAAAGACAUCAGGGAAUCUGCCAAAGGAAAAUCCAAAGUUUCCAACGCCGAUUUGAGGCGGAAAGAGCGAGACCUGAAGAAACUGCAACAGGAGUUGAGCUUGGAAAAGGAAAAAUACAAUCAAAUGAUAGGAAAUUAUCAGAAGAACAUACAAGAUUUAAGCGCUCAGCUCAACGAAGAAAUAUCGGCGAAGCAACGUCUCCAAAUGGAAUUAGAUAGUAAGGACGCCGAUUUGGAGCAGCUCCAAUUGAAAUUGUCUUCGAUGAACAGCGAAACGGCGUCGUUGAGUUCGGCGGAUAACGACGGCGAGGAAAUCGAUGCUGUAUUCGAGGGGUGGUUGUCGAUACCCUCCAAACAGAAUAUCAGGAGGCACGGUUGGAAGAAACAGUACGUCGUGGUCUCCAGUAGGAAAAUUAUUUUCUACAAUUCCGAUAAUGAUAAACAGAAUUCUGAUCCGGUUAUCGUUUUGGAUUUGAGUAAAGUAUUCCACGUGCGUUCUGUAACCCAAGGGGAUGUGAUCCGAGCCGAUUCCAAAGAUAUACCGAGGAUAUUUCAACUUUUGUACGCAGGCGAGGGCGAGGCGCGAAAAACCGACGCCGAACAGGCGACGCUAGCUUUAGACGUCAGUCAAUCUAUGAGGAAUUUCGAUGACAAACCCGGCGUCAUAUUACACAAGGGGCACGAAUUUUUAAAUAUAUCUUAUCACAUGCCUACUACUUGUGAAGUAUGUCCGAAACCGAUGUGGAAUAUGUUUAGGCCGCCGCCGGCUCUGGAAUGUAGAAGAUGUAGGAUAAAGGUUCACAAGGACCAUUUAGAAAAGAAGGAGGAUUCGGUACCUCCUUGUAAACUCCAUUACGAUCCCUCAUAUGCCAAAGAAUUACUAUUACUCGCUUGUUCGCACGACGAACAGAGACAGUGGGUAUCGAGAUUAAGUAGGAAAAUACAAAAAUACGGUUUCAAAGCCAACAAUUCCAACGCCAUAGAUUCUUCGACGAAAAUAUCGCCUAGUGUAUACAGGACUUAUUCCAUUUUAAUCAGGGAUGACUACUGAGAUGACUGGACUGACUGUCCGCGCUGCCUGAUGUUAUUGCAUGGCUUGUUUCGGGAAUUUUCAAUAAAUUUCAGAUAUUAAUUAACGAGAUUUUGUUUUUUUUUUAUUAUUUUAUUUAAAAUUAUUUUCUUGCGUUUUAUUCACAUUUUAUAAUCGAUAGAUCGAAUAUGUAUUUUAAGUACCUAGUAGUUGAUAUUUUUUUUUAAUUGAAAUUUUUGGUAAGUUUUUGUUGGUAUUAAAUGUGAUUCUAAUGCUAUUUUAACAUAAAUUAACGUUUCAAAAAUGGUUAUGCGGAUUUUUAGCAUAUUUUUCUGUUUUAUGAUUAUGAAAAAAUUUCGGUUCCGGUUCGAUUUCCCGUGAUUUUUGUGUUUCUAGAAUUCCUUUAACAUUUUCAAAUUUUUCAUAUUUUUUUGCAAGCAGUCCUGUUCUGAUUUUCAUGUGAUUUUGGUCAUUUUUUCCAAAUUUUCGUGAUUCAUCGUAAUUUUCAUUAUCUUGCCCACAACUUUUAUAUUUUCCUACAAUUUUCAUAUUUUUGUCAAAAUUGUCAUGAGUUUCAUCAAAACUUUUAUAUUUUUCUCGUAAUAGUCAUGAUCUUACCCUGAUAAUUUUUUCAAAAUUUUCAUAAUUUACUCAUAAAUUUUCUAAUUUUUAAUAAAUUCUUCAUAAUUUUCUCGUAAUUUUUAUAUUCUUCUGUACAUUUCCCAUUUUUUCUAUAUUUUUCAAAAUAUUUAUAUAACUAAUAUUUCUUCAAUUUACUUGUAAUUUCCAAAAUUUUCCACUUUUUAAAAUUUCUUUUUCAAAUUUCUCAUAAUUUUGUGUCAUUUUCACAAUAUUACUUCAAUUUACUUGUAAUUUUCAAAAUUUUCCACUUUUUCAAAUUUCUCAUAAUUUUUCUGUAAUUAUCACAAUAUCACUUCAAUUUUCAAAAUUUUAAUUUUUUUAAUGAAUUUCUCAUUCUUUUUUCACAUUUCUCUUAAACGUCCUGUAAUGGUUUUGUAAUUUAUUUGAAAUUUCCACUAUUUUUCGAAAAUAACCACUAAUUUUUUCAAUUGCAACCCGGUUUUCUAACUUAUUUCUGAUUUUCAUGAUUUUUAAAACAUUUUUUUUUUCAAUUUUUCUAUAAUUUCUCCAUAUAUUUCAUAAUUCUUCAAAAUGACUACAAUUCCUCUAUAAUUUUCUUGAACUUCUCAUAAUUUUUCCAAAAUUUUCAUGAUUUUUCAUUUGUCGGUUCAUUAUAUCGGAUAAUAUUGUGUUCCAAACUGCAAUAAACCCAAAAUUAAAUUAGUUACAUUUGAUAUUAUGUUCCAAACUGCAUAAAGUGUCUUAAGUUUCACUCUAUUACCGUUUGGUUCAUUAAAUUCGUAAAUAAUAUGCAAACCGCAUUAAUAACCGAAACUAGUAUUUUUUUACCAUUUGGUUCAUAACAGUCAAUACCUGACAAAUUCACAUAACCAUAUAUGUACAUAAAGGCGUAAUAAAUAUAUUGAAUCGAACUAAUAUCAUCUACUAAUAACCUUUUAUUUUUUUUUUGUUUCUAUUAACAGGGAAUCAACUCGCUCUAACAUGAAGCCAUAUAUGAACACCCAACAACGAUCGGCAACCCUCCCCGCUAAUUCCUCGAUGAACAGUAAAUGACACUCCAGAUUCAUCUAAACUCAAUCAUUGUGUCAUUAUUUAAUCUUCUAUUUUCGCGCAGUCUGUCAUUAAACAUCCCCGAAGGGUAUUUUAUCGAAUUUUUUAUAUCAACGCAACGAGGAUGAUUGUUGAAGACUGCGUCGUAUCUUUAACAUCGAAUAAACGCUUUAUUCCAUCACUAAUUUAGCUGAUACAAUCUGUGAUUUUUAUUUUCCUUCAAACGAGUUUGUAUCAAGAAAAACGCAUAUUGUUGGUUACUUGGAUAGUUUAUUUCGAUAAGGCCUGCUGGAAGAUCAGAUAACAGAAAUUUGAUCCAGUUUGAUUUUUUUUUAAUUCGAAACCUCACACAUUCUGAUCUUAUAAUUUUCAUUUGUAUGUAUUUUUGAACGGUAGUUAGGUUCAAAUUCAAAAUUAGGGUUUAAUCGUUGAAAAUGAAGCACAGCACGAUCAAUAUUAUGAUUUGUCAUUGUUAUAAUGUUCCAAAUUGCAUUAAACUGACAAUUUGAUUUUUACUUCCGUUGUUAUGUUCCAAACUGCAUUAAAUUAAAAAUUCAAUUUUUACUUCUGUUAUUAUGUUCCAAAUAACAUUGAUUGUCAAAAUUUGCUAUUUGGCUCAUUACAGUAGAUAGUGUUUCAUCUCAAAUACGUUUUAUUGAAAAAAGUCUUUGUAGGAUUUUCAAAAAAAAAAUCUGAUAUUUUCAUAAAUAAAUUUUUUUUCCUAUGACUUUUUUUUAAUAUAAUUAUAUCGUCAUUUAUUAUUUGUGAUUGGAAAAUUGAACAUAAUCAAUUAAUAUUUUGUUUUUGUUUGGUUUAUGGUCCAAACGGCAUUAACUAUCUUAAGUUGUAUCUUUUCACCAUUUGGUUCAUUACAGUAGAGAGUGUUACGUCCUAAACAGGUUUCAUUGCGGAAAAUCAUAUUUUUUUUUGGUUGGUUUUUCACAGAAAAAACUGAUAUUUUCAUAGAUAAAAUUUCAUUUCCUACUAGCUUCCCAUGUCAAUUUCUAUUUAUUAUCUGGAAUUGUCGAAAUUCUCGUUGCCCUAUCGUUUGGUUUAUGGUCCAAACGGCAUUAGCUGCCUUGAGUGUCUUUUCGCCAUUUGGUUCAUUAUAGCAGAUAAAAUUUUUUCUUCAUAUUCUUUAAUUUUUUUUUAAAUAUCCCUUGCGACAUCAAUUGUUUUUUUCCUAGUAUACAGUUGUUUAUUGGUUGUAAUAAAAAAUCGAAUACUGUUCAAUCCAUAUUUUGUUCAGUUCAUAUUCCAAACCGUAUAAAUUGCCAAAAAUUGUAUUUUCUUGCCAUUUGGUUCACUACAGUAGAUAGUGUUUUCUUAUUGCCACUCAAUUAAUUGAAUUUGAUGUUAUGGUCCAAACAAUAUUAAUUGUCAAAAGUAUAAUUUUGAUACCGUUUGGUUCAUUACGGUCGAUAUUGUUAAACCCUAAACAGUAUUAAUGUAAAAAUUUGUUUUUUUUUUUCGAAUAUUCGUCUAUUAAAUUUAAUAUGCUUCGAAUUGGGGAAAGUACUAUUUGGUUCAUUACAUUAAAUAGGGCUAUGUUCGAAUCGAUUCUAUAAUUAAAAGUUUCAUUUUAUUAUUAUUGGCGAUAAGUUACUAACUACAUCAAUUGGCAAGAAUCAAUUUCAUUUCUAUUCAAUAGUAUCAUGUUUCAAAUCCCAUCAAUCACCAGCAGCUUCAUUUUUUGUUGUAUGAUCAUUACACAAUAUAAUAUCAUGUUCCAAACUGCAUUAAUUGCCAAAAGUUGUCUUUUCCUGCCAUUUGGUUGAUUAUAUUCGAUAUUGUAGCAUUUCAAGCUACAUAAUUAGUUAAAAGUUAGAUGAUUUGUUGUUUGAUAUGUUUAACUAUCAUGUUCCAAAUUACAUUAAACGCCAAUUUAGUUAAUUUCAUUUCUACAAUUAUAACACAACAUAGUAUCAUGUUCCAAACUGCAUUAAUUGUUCGAAGUUUUCUUUUUCUGCCAUUUGGUUCAUUAUAUUGAAUUAGUUGGAAAUUGUAUUUUUUUGUUAUUUGGUUCAUAAUAAUAAUAAUAAUUGAUAAAAUUUUUAUCGUUACUAUAAAAAUGUCUGUGCUUCUUAUCUAUUUGAGAAGCUCAUUUUUUUCGGUGCUGAUUGCAAAAUAUUGUGUGUACUUAGGAUUUGUUUUUUUAAACGUUGAAUUGCUCAAAACUUUUUUCGACUCAAAAUUUGGACCAGUAAUUUUACAAAUGUAUCUAGUCAAAAAUAGUUUUUAAAAAUAUUUAAAAAUCAAUAGAAAAUAAGUUUUAUUUUAAUUGCUAUUUUUGACAAAUUGAGUAUUAAUUUUUUUUUGUACUCAAAUUUCUCUAGAAAAAAUAUUUUAUUUUAUUGAAUUUAUUUUUUAUUCUUACAAAGAUAACCCUUUAUUUUAUCACGAAUUUUGUAUUUUUUUAUUUGUUUUUUUUUGCUUAUUUUUUUUUAAAUAAAAACUAGAAGAAAAAAAAAUAACUCGAACACUGCAAACUUAACCCAUAAUGAUUCAUUUGAAUACAAAUAUGAAUUUUUUUAACGUGAAUCUGGUAGACCACAUAUUAUUUCUUACAUCCCUGUAUAUAUCUUUUUCCGCCCUCUUUUGAUUCCUUAUAUCCGUUUCUAGAUCUUUCUCGAACAUACGCGAUUUUCCUGGAAAUUCUUUAUAUUACUAAUUUCACUUUAGGGGGUUUAAAUGACCAACCCCGACAUCGACAUAACUGCCCUUUAGGGUGGUCGUUGAAAGUAAAAUUUUUAGCGACGCCUUCUAAAAAGUUUUUUUUUAUUAAAAAAUAGAAUUUUUUUCAAUUAAAAAUUAAUUAAACGUUAGGGGGGGCUGUACGUCUGGAUUUUCGGUUGUCUACUUCGAGACAAGCUUAUCCUACAGGAUAUACGAAUAGGAAAAUAUAAAAUAAAUUUUUACAAGGCGUCACAAAAAAUUCAAUUUCCAACGACCCCCCUACUACCCUUUAUGUUUCUUUUUAUCGUUUUUUGCAAUGUAAAAAAAUAAUAAAAAAUCUUUUUCCACAUUCCUUAUUUAUGUAUAUUUUUGUACAUAUUUUUUUGACAACUAAUCUUUAUAUUUACAAAAAAACGAUAAUUAUGCGGAGGGGUUUUCGUCGAAAAAAAUUAAUUUUUCCCUUGAUCUAAAAUAUUUGGUCAAUAACGUGGAGUUUUGUUAUCGGAAAGGGUGGUUGGGGUGAAGCAGUUGUGCCUUAUUAUUUCCUUGGCCGAUUAUAUUAAUUAUUUCGAGUGAUGACGGUGAUGUAUAGUAGAAAUUAAGGUUAUGUCUUAUGUAUACAAAUUGUAAACCAAAAUGGACAAUUGUAAAAGUAAAUUGUUCUUAUUUAUUA